CUCGCACUGAGAUACAGAUCCGCUGUCCCUCCCGCGCACACCGACACACACACCGACACACACACACACACACACACCCACAGACGGAGCGGGACUGAGCGGAGCUGUGAGCCCGGAGAGGAGCACUGAUGACCGUCAGCACACUGUUCCCCCGUCAGAUCUGUGCUUUCAGACCUGCUGGUUUCACCGGACAGUUUGAGCUGAAACAGAACGCAGGACGCCGCAUCCCUUUGGUCCGGUUUGGUCAGAUCGUGCAGAAAGCGUCGGACAAUGGGACGUCACGUGUUUCUGAACAAACUGUGUUAACUGAAGGAAACUGAAGUGUCUCUGGCAGCUGGAGCAGGACGAGGGAACCAGUCAGAUUCACUGAAGGUUGCUGAAGGUCAGAGGUCAGAGGUCAUCAUGCAGAGUAUAAAGUGUGUGGUUGUAGGCGACGGCGCUGUGGGGAAGACCUGCCUGCUCAUCUCCUACACCACCGGAGCUUUUCCCAAAGAGUACAUCCCCACUGUGUUCGACAACUACAGCAGCCAGGUGACGGUGGACGGCAGGACCAUCAGUCUGAACCUGUGGGACACGGCGGGUCAGGAGGAGUACGACCGGCUGAGGACGCUGUCCUACCCGCAGACCAACGUCUUCAUCAUCUGCUUCUCCAUCUCAAGCCCCGCCUCCUACGAGAACGUCAAACACAAGUGGCACCCAGAGGUGUCUCACCAUUGUCCCGGUGUUCCCAUCCUCCUGGUCGGCACAAAGAGCGACCUCCGGAACGACGCCGAGACUCAGAGGAAGCUGAAGGAGCAGAACCAGACGCCCGUCACCCACCAGCACGGCGCCGCCCUCGCCCGCCAGAUCCACGCCGUCCGCUACAUGGAGUGUUCGGCCCUCAACCAGGACGGCAUAAAGGACGUGUUCGCCGAGGCCGUGAGGUCCUUCCUCAACCCGCAGCCCACCGUCAGCAAGAGGGCCUGCGUCCUGCUGUAGGACCGAGCUUCGGCCGCCACGCCCGGGAACACCCCUGGACCCCCGGGACCCCCGGGACCCCCAGGACCCCCGGGUUUGAGUCGGACUGAAUCUGUGGCUUAACUGCCUGAGAGACAGUUUGGAAGAUUUAUGCUAAAAAUGUGUUUAUGUUUAGUUAGAAUUGAAUCUUUGAAGAAUCAGAAGAGGUAGUUUGGGGCUGUUCUCUUAUAGCGCCUCUAAGGCUGCAGUGAACGAAGGCCUUUAAGAAAUAAUUUAAAUCAAAUUAAACUCCAAUGUCCCGUCAUAAAUGCUGCAGUGGUCGGUGCUGCUGACGUCAUGUCGGUAACACAUUUAACAUGGUGGGUAAACUGAGCGGGUCUGACGACAGAUCAAACCUCUGGUCAGCCUGCAAACUAAAUUUGGGAAUAGACAAGAAAAACUCUCCUUUCUCCUCUUUUACUUAAAAGGACAAGAUUGACUUCAUCCAAUCACAGUCCAGCUGGGAGAGAUGUGAGGUAAAAAGGGACAGGUGCCUGCAGGUGUUAGCUUAGCCGCUCGCCAACACCGUCAGCAGGCGGAGCGGCGGCAGCAGCGACUCACAGCUGCGCUCAAGAUGCUUUAAAACACUUAGAGACAGAUCAGACUUACCUCUGAUGUCCAUCGUGAGUAAAUGUCCAUAAAUAUGCUGAGACACCAGAGAAGAAAGCGGCUGCAGAACCUGCCUGAGAAUCCUGCUGUUUCUGAGUUUCCUUCAGUCUCACAGUGAUCCAGAGACAGCUGUCUGUCCGUCCACGGGUCCACUGCAGACAGGAGCUGCUGACGGCUAACGUGCUGUUAAUGGUACCAAUUAAACUAAAUGUAGACAAAUACAGGCUAAUCUGUGUGACGCAUGGAUGUAUCAUAAGACCUGGAUUCGCCGCCGCCGCUCGGCCUUGCUUCCAGUUUUUCCCCAGUGGCCACUCGCGGUAUUGCAGCAUAAAUCCCCCUGAAACGGCCGCCGUUAUAAAAGAGACGCCUGUAACCGUUGACAGGACGCCUCGAGCUGCAGAACAAGGUCCAUUAAGACUCUUUUAAUUAUGGAUUUCCGAUCUACGGCGGUUUUAUAUUUGUAAAACUUUCCUCGAGCCGAGAAAAGCGAUUUAAAAAUCCGUGACGUCAUCGCGAUGUAAAGUCUACGGGCCAGCGGGAGAAACACUACUGCGCGUGUUCAGUGGGCCACGAACCGCGGAAGUAAACCCACAAGCUAGGAACUUAUGGCGUAGGCGCCAUCUUUGGGUCCGGUAUCCAGUUCUAAUAAUACAUCCACGGUGUGACGUUGAACAACCCAAUCACCAGAAUAAAAUGUAUUAAUUGUACGUUUCUGCAAACCACCUUUCAAACGUUUAAUCUCCACGUCAAACGCUGUGGUUAAAGUCUGGUUAGCUUUAGGAAAAGCACCCGGUGCUGUCGCCAUAAAAACAGUCGAGAAUACGAUACGUAUCAGAUGCAUUAAAACGUACAGAUUGUACGUAUCUGUUUGCAGAAACGUACGAUUUUUCCACAUUUUUCCUGGCGACUGGGCUGCGUUGGAAACCCCUCCUCGUUGUCAUGACAACACAAACCAAAUGUUUUGUGCGAGACACCAAAUUGGUAUAAAAGAUCUAAACUGUUUUCAGACGGAUUUGCAUCAGUGUGAUGAUCUGACAGGACGGGCGGGUCAGACAGGAAGCAGCUCUGGUGGAGUCAUGAACUGAUGUAAAUAGAAAUAAGGAAGUUAAAGAAAUAGUUAUUGAUACUGAGAGUUUACUUUCACAGAGUGUUUACAUGCUCAUUAAUAUAUGAUAUUCGUUGUCAGCUCUCAGUCAGGGUGUGGUAGCUUUCAUGGGGUUUUUUUUUAGACCAAAUUCUCCUCCUGACACUCAUGAAACCUUUUCAAAAUGCACUGAAAAACACGUUGGCAGAGCUAAAAAGAUGAAACGUCAACAAGACGAGGGAAAUCGUUUUCUUAGUGUGGUAAUCCCGUAAAAAAAGGUUUCGGACAGCGAUGCAGUUUUCAUUGAUUGAUUGACAAAUUUUUAGUCGGAGAACACGGAGACAGAAUAGUUUCAGGUACGUAAAAGUGCAUUUUCAGGAAAAACAGAGCGAUGGUUUGAUGAGAGGGCCCCUGUUUUGUUUGUAGUCCAGUGACAGGAGACGGAGGCAGAGAAGAAGAACGUCUAAUGACUGCAGGCUUUAAAUCUGCUUUGCAAAUGUUUUCUGAGGAAUGAAAUGUUUGUUAGACUUCAAAGAUACACAUUGUGUGUUUUGGUGAGAAACCCUGAAUGAAAACAGGACAUGACCGAGCAACAUGCCAACACCAUGUUGUUUUUAGCCAUGCUAGCGGCGUUAGCAUGUUGUUUUUAGCCAUGCUAGCGGCGUGGCUAAAAACAACAUGUAGCAAAGUCUGUUGCUGUUAGGGUAAAAAGUCCAGUAGGCUCCAGUUUGUCACGAUUAUUAAAUUUAAUUUACUUGUAAACUUUAAAAAUGUGAUUAUUGUUGUUGAUGAUUUUGUUUAAUCUACUGUAUUUUUAUUUAAAUGUGACAAUACAUUUAAAACAUGUUUCAUACAGUA